GGGAGGGGGAAGCCGUGGUCCCAACCGUUCGCUCCUGUCUCCCCAGCUCCUCACGGAGGAGGAGGCGGGACGGUACAGAGAAGAAGAGCGAAGGGGGUCCCAUCACUGAGCACCAGGGCCACCAUUUGAGCCGCCGAGGUCUCCCGGCUGUCGCCCGGCCCUCGCCCCGGCCCCAGCCAUGGGGCCCCCUUCCAGCUCUGGCUUCUACGUGAGCCGCGCGGUAGCCCUGCUGCUGGCCGCGCUGGCCGCCGCGCUCCUGCUGGCGCUGGCGGUGCUCGCCGCCCUGUACGGCCGCUGCGCGCGCGUCCAGCCGUCCGACCUCCAUCACAGCGGGGUCCCGGACGCCGCGUCCUCGCCGCGCGGCACGCAGGAGGAGCCGCUGCCCACCUGGCCGCCCCGCCCCACUCGUGAACCGGCGGGUACGGCCACCCCGGGCCACUGGCGACCCCCGGGCCCCUGGGACCAGCUGCGCCUGCCGCCCUGGCUCGUGCCUCUGCACUAUGAGCUGGAGCUGUGGCCCCGGCUGCGUCCGAACGAGUUCCAGUCUCCGACAUUGAGCUUCACCGGCCGCGUGAACAUCACCGUGCGCUGCAACGCGGCCACCGCGCGGCUGCUGCUGCACAGCCUCUUCCUGGACUGCGAGAGCGCCGAGGUGCGGGGUCCUCUGUCCUCUGGCCCCCGAGACGGCGCUCUGGGUCGCGUGCCCGUGGACGACGUGUGGUUCGCUUUCGACAUGCAGUAUAUGGUGCUGGAGCUCGGCGCGACCCUGCAGCCCGGGAGCCGGUAUGAGCUGCAGCUCAGUUUCUCGGGCCUGGUGUACCGGGACCUCAGGGAGGGGCUCUUCUUCAGCAUCUACACGGACCAGGGCGAGCGCAGGGCCCUGUUAGCAUCUCAAAUGGAGCCAACAUUUGCCAGGAGCGUUUUUCCUUGUUUUGAUGAGCCAGCUCUAAAGGCAACCUUUAAUAUUACAAUUAUUCAUCAUCCAAGCUAUGGGGCCCUUUCCAAUAUGCCAAAGCUAGGUCAGUCUGAAAAAAGAGACGUGAAUGGAAGCGUGUGGACCGUUACCACCUUUUCCACCACUCCCCACAUGCCAACUUACUUAGUCGCGUUGGCCAUAUGUGACUAUGACCACGUCAGCAGAACUGAAAGGGGCCAAGAGAUACGCAUCUGGGCCCGGAAAGAUGCCAUCGCAAAUGGAAAUGCAGCCUUUGCUUUGAACAUCACAGGUCCUAUCUUCUCUUUUCUGGAAGAUUUGUUUAAUAUUAGUUACCCUCUUCCUAAAACAGAUAUAAUUGCCUUGCCUACUUUUGACAACAGUGCAAUGGAAAACUGGGGACUAUUGAUAUUCGAUGAGUCAUUAUUGUUGAUGCAACCAAAUGAUCAAGUAACAGACAAAAAGGCUGUGAUCUCCUUCAUUCUCUCCCACGAGAUUGGACAUCAGUGGUUUGGAAAUCUGGUUACCAUGAAUUGGUGGAAUGAUAUCUGGCUCAAAGAAGGUUUUGCAUCUUAUUUUGAAUUUGGAGUCAUUAACUACUUCAAUCCUAAAUUCCGAAGAAAUGAGGUCUUUUUUUCUAACAUUUUACAUCAUGUCCUCAGUGAAGAUCACGCCCUGGUGUCUAGAGCUGUGUCCUUGAAGGUGGAAAAUUUCACAGAAACCAGUGAAAUAAAUGAACUCUUUGACUUAUUUACUUACAACAAGGGAGCAUCUUUGGCCCGAAUGCUUUCUAGCUUUCUGAAUGAGAAUGUAUUUAUCAGUGCACUCAAGUCAUAUUUGAAGACAUUUUCUUACUCAAAUGCUGAGCAAGAUGAUUUAUGGAGGCAUUUUCAAAUGGUCGUAGACGACCAGAGUAAAAUUCUUUUGCCAGCGCCAGUAAAAAGCAUAAUGGACCGUUGGACACACCAGAGUGGUUUUCCAGUCAUCACCUUAAAUGUAUCUACUGGUGCCAUGAAACAGGAACCAUUUUAUCUUGGAAAGGUUCAAAAUCAGACUCUCCUAACCCACAACGACACAUGGAUUGUACCUAUUCUCUGGAUAAAAAAUGGAAUCACACAGUCUCUAGUUUGGCUAGAUAAAAGCAGCAAAAUAUUCCCUGAAAUGCAAGUUUCAGAUUCUGAUCACGACUGGGUGAUUCUAAAUUUGAAUAUGACUGGAUAUUACAGAGUUAACUAUGAUAAAGUAGGUUGGAAAAAGCUAAAACAACAGCUUGAAAAAGAUCCUAAGGCCAUCCCUGUUAUUCACAGACUGCAGAUGAUCGAUGAUGCCUUUUCUUUGUCGAAAAACAAUUAUGUUGAGAUUGAAACAGCCCUUGAUUUAACCAAGUACCUUGCUGAAGAAGAUGAAAUCAUAGUAUGGUAUGCAGUCUUGGUGAACCUGGUAACCAAGGAUCUUGUUUUUGAUGUGAACAACUAUGAUAUGUACCCAUUAUUAAAGAAGUAUCUGUUAAAGAGACUUAUCUCAAUAUGGAAUAUGUAUUCAACUGUAAUUCGUGAAAACGUGGCAGCAUUACAAGAUGACUAUUUAGCCCUCGUGGCCCUGGAAAAACUUUUUGAAACUGCGUGUUGGUUGGGACUGGAAGACUGUCUUCAGCUGUCAAGAGAGCUCUUCAAAAACUGGACAAACCAUCCAGAGAAUGAAAUACCUUAUCCGAUUAAAAGUGUCGUUUUAUGUUAUGGCGUUGCCUUCGGAAGUGAUGAAGAAUGGGACUUUUUGUUAAAUAUGUACUCUAAUAAAACAAAGGAAGAAGAAAGGAUUCAACUCACUUAUGCGAUGAGCUGCAGUAAAGACCCAUGGAUACUUCACAGAUAUCUGGAGUAUGCCGUCACGGCAGCUCCGUUCACUUUUAACGAAACAAAUAUAAUGGAAGUUGUGGCGGAAUCUGAAGUAGGCCGGUACAUUGUGAAGGACUUUUUAAUCAACAAUUGGCAAGCUGUGAGUGAAAGGUAUGGAACACAAUCGCUGGUUAACCUAAUGUACAUAAUAGGGAGAACCAUAAGCACAGAUUUACAGAUCACAGAGCUGCAGCAGUUUUUCGGCAACAUGUUGGAAGAGCACCAGAAGCUCACAGUUCGUGCCAAAUUACAGACAAUAAAGAACAAAAAUCUGGAAAACAAAAAGCGCAAUGCCAGGAUGACAGCGUGGCUACGGAAAAACACGUAACUGAGCGGCGGCCACUUCCGGCACCCCUCAGGCCCGUCAUAAUGUACUUUGUGCAGAGUUUUGUCCUCCAAUACUUUGUGAGUCUGGAAAACCUCAUGUUCUGUCAUUCGUGUGUCUGUCACAUUUGCUCCUGGGAGUCCUUCCCGUCCUUCCCAUGUUGUCACGUUCGGCCCUCAGGCUCAGUGAUGGCUGAGGGUUUUGCCAGUGCUGCUCCAUUCCGGGGGGAGAUUUCAUGUUCGGCUACAAAACCACAGAAUUUACUUUAACUGCCUUGUGAAAACAAAUUCACCUUAGAAGAGUCUUGCUUGUUCUGUUGUGAAAGUCAGUGGGAUGUUAAAUCCUUGGCCAAAAGCGCACAUUCUUUUCUGAGGGAAAUACGGAUUUGCAAUACUCUGGGGUUUAUUUAGUGCAGUAUUUAAAAGUGUAACGAGCAAAUAACACAGCAGUGUAAGGGAACAGAAACCAGAAAAGCCAAGGAAAGCAAAUUUUAAAAAGGAGAAAUAGGUCAUUUUAUGAGCCAUGUUAAGUGCCCUAAAGGCAAGCGAUGUGUCUGCCCGUUUCUCUCUCCCCACAGUGCCCGUUGCCUGUGUCACGGUUUACAGGCUACCGAGCCUUUAUUGGGUCACGAAAAGAGCCAGGAUCGAAGGAUCCACAAAGUGCCCUUGGGAUUGCUGUCGUGGAGGCCGGAAUGAGAGGAAGGCUUUGCUCUGAAGCUGGAGACUGCGUACCCACCUGCGGGCCAGACGCUCAUUUGGCCAAAGCCUCUGUGCAAAAAUAAUGCUGUCAACAGACAGUAGCAAUUAGGGGCAGAUCUUCAGCCCCAGGGAAGUGGCCAAAUACAGAGAAAUAGAGCUAAAAGGCCAACAUGCUAACCAGAGCAGAAUCUUUACAGCCAAGCCCUCAGGGGACCAAGUUUGAAACGCGGUUUCAUCUGGCCAAAUCGAACCUGCUUGUAGUUUGGAGAACUUUAAAGGCGUUCAUCAGUUACGAUGUAUGGAAUUAGCUUAGUUUCGUUACACAGGAUUAAAUCGGGACCGCUAAAGCAAGG